GGUAAAGUUCCGGGGUUUGAAUUUGAUAUCAAGCCCAGCCUUUGUGAUCCAAAGUGUUCACCAACUAACUUCAUUUCAGAUAAAUGAGAUGGACGGCCUUUUGACGCCCAUCAGCACCUCCCGCCUGAGUGCGAACCACAACGAACCUCUGCUCCAGGAAGUCGGCCUCAUAAAGGAAACAGCAAAGCCGAACGAACCUCUACUACAGGAAGUCGGCCUCAAAAAGGAAACAGCAAAGCCGAACCGGUCUUCUGGUCAGAGGCCCUUGAACUCGCCCGAGGAAGCCCUCGAAGUUUUACGACAUGAACCUGACUACGACCAGCUAGUCGCUACUUUGCGAUUCCUCAGCCAUGAGGAUCUAGCCGGGUCCGCAUUCAGCAUCAAGGAGCCAAGUCCUAUGACCGCAAAGCUAGUUCAGGUGCUGGUGUCAGAAAUCGUCCCGAACUAUUGGACGUUGCUAAACGAAGACUCCCAUGAAACCAAGUCUUCGGCCUUAGGACUUCUGCUAGCUUGUCUACGCAGUCUUACGGGAAUCAGGGCGAUUAUUGUGCGUCUGAAGGCAUUGCUACAAGAGGCAAAAUCGGGCGAUGGCAAGCCCAAGCGACCAGAUAUCGCCAUCAACCUGGCAGUCCUUCUCAACUUGGUAUGCCUGUUACUAAAAGGCGAUGAUUCCAUACGUGGCAUUUGGAACGCGGCUACAAGGACCCUGAAAGGGGACGUCAAGACCAGAAUGCUCUCGCAAGAGAUUCUGUUGACCUUUGGCAGUGGUCGGAUCCUUUCACUGACUGCAGAGGCAAUUGAACAUGCGAAGGAUCACAAAGCAGAAGUUGACGUCAGCAACAUCUGGCUCGCAAAUGGGUCAGAGUAUACCAAGUGGUUAAGCGGAAACAUUGUCAAGUGGCAACUCACCUCGCCGACACCGGAUGAGACGAAGCUUUGUUCCGAGUUGUUCUUGAAGGCUCUACGACUGGGACACUCCGAUGCGGCCAUGAAAUGUGUCCUUACCAGGUUGCUACUUGCCCAAGGGGCCGACAAUGAGCGCUUCGGGUCCCUGUUGGGUAAUCUCCCUCGAAGCGAGCGGCGUAAAGUUCUCUUUUCGGUCUUGAAAACGUUCGCCGAGGACCAUCUUAAUCGGUUGGGCACGUGUGAUGCCGAAGGCAGCAGAGAAAUGGUAUCCGCAGUAGCUGGUGCAAUCAGCUCUAUCAUAAACCAUGAUCCGGAUAGACUGGCCUAUCUUGUCGAGUGGCUGACAGGUUCAUCUGGCGCUGGACUUGGCGACUCUAUCGGUAUCCGACGAGCCGUGGUGGCAGUUGUCUCUCAGGAUAGGGACUCUAUCGUCAGUGUGCUUGAGAAGAGCAUCGCCCAAUUCGGAGAUCAGUUAUACGUCAAACACUCUCCUAUGUUGCAACAAGAAGUGCAUGCGCAGGUGCUGCUCCUGAGCGCUGGAUACGUCCACAAGAUCUCGCCCUUGAAACUCACACUGCUGAUGAGAUCAAGCCCUUGGCUAAAUGCUAUCUCCAACAGGCUAUCGUCGUCAAACCAGAGGGCUCGUUUCCUGGGCAUGGUCAUUGGCGAAGGGCUUUCCAGUCUCGUUGAUAAGGGUGAUAAACGCCUGAACUUCCAGCUUGAAGAGACGGAACUGCCGGAAGGAAAGUGGUACAAGAGUCUUGUUGAGAUCCACGACACUCUCGGCUCAUGGGAUUCGCUACACAAACCUCAUAAACCUGUGCCAAAAAGGAAAGACUUCAAAAAAGCUUCCCAUAAGCCAGCACCAUCACAGCCUCGGACCCAGGGGUUUAUCAUCGAGGAACUAAGCGAUGAGGACCUUAGUGAGCAGGAUGAUAUUGUUGGCUACGGAAAGCCCGACUCAGAUGCCGAAGACUCGGAUGACGAUCCUGAAUUAGUCAAGAGAGACAAGGCCAAGGCACCAGUUUAUAUCAGAGAUCUCAUCAGAUACCUCCGCGACACUGACGAUUAUGAUCGCCAGAAACUUGCACUCGUCACCGCCCCAACGCUCAUUCGACGAAAGGCCAAUUACGGCACAGAGGUCACUGACCACGCAGAGGAGCUGGCGUCCUUACUAGUCGGUCUCCAGGACAAGUUCGAAAUGGACAAUUUUGAUGAUCUGCGGCUGCAGGCAAUGAUUGCCAUCGUUGUUGCGCAGCCCCAGCUCAUGGGUCAGUGGUUCGCAAAGACCUUCUUUGACGGAGACUACUCGGUGUCUCAGCGAUCUUCCAUCCUUGCCGUCUUGGGUCUAAGUGCCCGUGAACUUGCCGGGUUCGAGACAUCCGAGUACGCAGCAGCUGCAUCCUUCCCUUCCAAAAGCCUCCCAGAGAAAGUGGAGAGGCUGUUCAUCAGCCAAGGCCCUUCAAACGCGUAUCAAAGCUCCUCCUCAUUGAAGCCUCUGCCUCACAACGCGCUCGAAAGCGUAGCAACGUCCAUCACGUCGAGCUUCCUUGCGCCCCUAUCAGCAGCCGCCGCCGACUCCACCACCGGGCCCGAUGUGCUGAAGCUUUCCACCUUCAAGUCCCGUCUUCCCGGCGACGAGGGCAGCAAUGACGCAGCAGCAGCAGAAGAACAGCACAUUAGCAACCCCAAAAUCAAAAUCAAGUCCCGCACCAAACCGCGCAUCCGCGCCAUCCCCAACACCACCGCUCACCUCAUCUCCACCUCCUUCUUCAACCCCCUCACGGCCCGCUUCCAAGCAGCGCUGCACUCGUCCGUCUCGCGAAUCCGUGGCAUCAUGUUCCAGCCGUACCUGCUAGCACUCUACCUCAAGACCCUCGCUCUAUUGCUCCAUGCCGCGGGGCCCAGCACCCUCGCGCUCCCCCAGAUGACGGGAGAGCUGUGGCGGCUCCUGCUGAGCACGAGCGUGCGCGCGCAAGCUGUGGGGGACGUCGGUGUCACGCAGGCGGUUUUGUUUGGGUUGUUGACGUUGCUGGAUGUCAAUGAGGACCGCAUGAGGGAUGUCUGUCAGGAGUUGGGGAAGGAGGUGGUGGAGACGGAGGGGUGGGUGGCGGGUGUGUUUGAGGGAUUGAGAGGUGGUGAUGAGGGUGGGGAGGAGGAGAGGACGAAGAUGUUGGCUGCGGGGGUGCUGGUUAGGUUGAGGGAGGGGGUGGAGAAGUAUAGACUGAUGAUGGUUGGGGAUUUGAUUGGGCUGUGAAGGGUGGGCUUUUGUUUGUUGGGCUGAGAAGAUGGAGACAGAAAGGUAGGAAGACUAGGGAGAAUGAGAGGGGUGUGGUGGCGAGGUGGGUGUAAGAGUACUGUCUUCAGGGUGACAGAGGAAGAAUUGUACGAUGGUAAUCUGUCGAAGUAGAGAGGGCAGGUGUCUGUCUAGUUUUUUGUUGAAAAAAGAAAGGAAAACCUGAUGAAAAGCAAAACGAAACAAGAUUUCAGAUGCGCUGGCUAUGAUCGAUGCUUCCAUACCACCAAGACACAUAGUAGUAAAAAAUAACAAAAAGAUUGCGUG